AUGGAUACGAAUACGAUUUUGUUGGAGGCAUUGAACGCGCAGUGCUGUAACGAAAAUAUUUCAAUCGGUGAUCUACAAAAGGACGUGUUGUAUCCGGUCAACUUCAUGAAAAAUAUUGAUACCAAAUUUGGCUUUGCGGUGUCAUGCGUACUACACGACAACUCGACCGGAGGGACGUUGAACGUGUUCCUUCCGAAGGCGAUUAUGAUGACCGCUGAAGCAUGCGAAAGUUAUAACCAGGGCGAAGGGGUGAGGUUAAGCCUAGUUUUUAGGGGGAUGAAGAAUAGGAGUUUCGUGAUAGGUUUUGAAAGAAAUCUAUUAUGA